UUGUUCCUAACGGCCAUUGUCCACAUGGAGCCCGCUCCUCCCGCCGAAGAUUCCAACGCCCAGGCCUUCAUACAACCACCAUGGAUGACUUACGACCCUACUGAUCCCAAGGCCGUCAAUCGCGCUAGAUUCGAGAUAGAACUGGAGUUCGUCCAGGCGCUCGCAAAUCCCUUCUAUCUCGCGUCUUUGGCUCAACAGAACAUACUGGACCAGCCCGCAUUCAUCAACUAUCUUCAGUACCUCCUCUACUGGAAAGAGAAGGAGUACGCGCGGUUCAUUCACUACCCACAUGCAUUACACCACCUUGAGCUUCUUCAAAUACCAGAGUUCCGGGCCAACAUGAAGAACGACGCAUGGCGCCAAAUGCUCGACCGGAAGCAAUAUUUACAUUGGAGGACUUGGCGCGACCCAAAGUACCUCAACGGUAAUCCGAGUACAGCCACGGAGCAGAACACGGGGCCAGAAGACAAACCAGCCAACGCGCCCGCGUAGCGGUACCUCGCAAGCUUCCCGAGAUUCAAAGUCAGCGACGUUCACUGCUCGCUUGUUUUCAUUGCGAACUAUGUCGUACACCCUCCACAUAUCUGUGCUUCUAUCUAAAUUCAUCGGAUGUCUUUACCAGCCGCGAGCGGUACUGAUGUACGGGCACGAUGAAAUCAGACCGACUCGGGGCUUCACCAGUACGCUCCGCCAGAACGGCGUCCAGCACCGCGCCAUUGCACCCUUGAACUUCUGCUUGCAGGGUAUGCACCCCCGUGCCUUGAACGCUAUCAUCCCUACGCUACACGUAGGCAUUACGUUGUAUUCUAGUAGUCUGUAGACUCUAAAGGACCGUCCAAUUGCCCCUUC